CGCUGGUUAUUACAAAAGCAACGAGGCAUAAAUUGCACUGCGGAGAUGUGCGCCUGCGCGGUUUUGAGCAGUGAGCGCGAGCCUUUCUGUUGUAUUGGUCCCCCACCCCACCCCGCCCUUCGCGUAAUUGAAUGAGAGAGCUGGUAUCGAGAGACUGGUAGCCGCUUUUCUUCUGUGCCCCUUCUCUCCGGUGUAAGACAUGGACGACCUACGAGUGGAAACGGGAAGUGUGGCAGAUGGCGGCGCGUGGUUCCUUGUGCUGAGCUCCGUGUUCUUGUGUAACCUUCUCAAAAUCCUACUGCCCUCUUGCUCUUCCAUUAUAUCCAGAUUGCUACAAAAAGAUGCUGAGCAGGAGUCACAGAUGAGAUCUGAAAUUCAGAACAUGAAGCAAGAGCUUUCUACGAUUAGUAUGAUGGACGAAUUUGCUAGAUAUGCCCGACUGGAAAGGAAGAUUAACAAAAUGACGGACAAGCUUAAAACUCAUGUGAAAAUGCGAACAGCUCAACUAGCCAAAAUAAAGUGGGUAAUAAAUAUUGUGUUCUACAUUUUGCAAGCUGCCUUAAUGAUCUCACUAAUCUGGAAAUAUUACUCUGAACCAGUUACUGUGCUCUCAAGCAAAUGGCUAGCCCCACUAGAACGUUUAGUAGCUUUUCCAACAGGAGUGGCAGGUGGUGUUGGCAUUACUUGUUGGUUGGUGGUUUGCAACAAAGUUGUGGCCAUUAUGCUUCACCCUUUCAGCUGAGAAGGAAAACUAGUUUCAGCCAUUCUGAAUUUCCUGUCCAUUUUCACAAUGUUUUUUUUUAAAAAAAAUCAACAUCUAUACACUACACCAUCUGGGAUAUGAUACCUUACGAAAAGGGGACGGUUUAGGGUUGAAUUAAUAAAGCAUGAAAAUCUUUUUGUAAAAAA